AUCGACAUUUCAAUUAUUAUUACUGUAAUAAUCAAUCUUAUUCUGUAAAUCUCCAGUUCUUUUUUUUAAUCUAAAGUAUAACUUUUAAAGAUUUAUCUUACCUUUAGUCCAAACAGUGUGCUUUGUUGAAGCAGGCUUAUUCUUACACUUGUUACUUCCAGUGCAUUCGUCAUCUUCAGAACUAGAAUUUUAAACCAAAACAUUUUGAACGUUGUCGUGAUAUGAGAAAUUAACAAUUUACCUGAUGUUGUACAGAAGUAUCUGUUCUUCUAAGUGGUACCCAUUCGGGGCAAAGGUCUUGCUUUCCAAAGGGUUAAAUUGUACGGAAUAACUUUGAAACAAAUAGAGAAAUGGAUUCUGGCCCGUGUAAAGUUGGUGAGAUGUUUAAUGAAAAAAUAUUUAAACCACAAGAAGAAGAAAUAAUGGAUACAAAUUGUGAUAAUUCAAAAAUAAAUAAAUUCAAAACUGAUUUGGACAUAAGUAAAUUUGAUGGAAAGAUGGUUGCAGAGAAGGAACUAGUUCCUUGGGAUGAUUCAUCAUCAGGAAAAACUGAUGUCAUACUUGACGGAACAGUAAUUUUCUUAGUCAUUUUUAUUUCUGUACUUCAAUCCAGGUUUUUAUCAAUUUUUAUUCAGCAGAAGGGUUGGAAUGCGAAUGAAAUGUUCAGGUGGAAUGAGAAGAUGUAUGGUGUUAAGUCGGAUUUUGAUCCAGAACUCUCCUUAUAUACACUCCCCCUGCCAAAAAAAGAUUCUAAAGACUACAGAGAAGCUGAGGCGAAAGCAGAAAAAAUAGCGAAUGAGAUUGAAAAAAACCAAAAUUAUAAAGCCAGGAUCGAACUAGAAAACAACGACGAAGAAAUGAAUUCUGAAUCAAAUUCUUUGUCAAAUGACAAAAACAGUGAACGACCCAAGCCACAGAGGAAUUUCAGUUGUUCUCUAGGUAAAAAAGGAGACUCACAGUUGCCCAACAUAGCAACUGGAUACUCAGACAAGCCUUCAGGACCACAAGGAGAUUCUGCUUAUCAAAUAGAGCCUGCAGGCACCAAAAUGAAUUUGCAAGAUGAAAAAGCAAUCAAAUCAACACUCAAUCCCAAUGCCAAAGAAUUCAUUUUCAGGCCUAAGCCCAACCCGGUGCCAAGUCCUGUGUACAGUGUACCGAAGUACUGGCCCCACCAUCCGCAAUUGAUUGGUUACAGCCCAAUACCAGUGCCAGUUCACCCUGUGAUGUUUGUACCAUCCCAGCCAUACUACCAGGUCCCAUAUCAAAUGAAUAGAUAUUGGAAAGAUUCUUAGACAAACUGGAGCAUCCUUGAUUGGAAAAAUUUACUUCAAGAUAUAUCUAGCUAUUUUUAGCUUAUAUAAUGCUUUAGAUCCAAGCGUUAUCAUAAUCCUUAUUAAACAAU